AUGGAGACCGCUAAAAAGGCCGUCGAGUCGGUCACCGAGGGCGUCAAGAAGGUCGCUCUCGGCGGCGAGGGCAAGGGAGGGAAGCCCAAGGGCGAGAAGAAGAACAAGAAGGCCCCAGCAGGCACUGACGUUGCCGAUGCCGGCCCUGUCGAGAUGAACCCUUGGCCCUCCUACAUCCAGGACAGGAUCGAGAUCUUCGACCGCCUCAAGCAGAAGUACGACGAGGCCCAGGCCAAGAAGCCGCGCGAGCCCAUCUCCAUCACCAUGCCCGAUGGCUCUGUCAAGCAGGGCACCUCCUUCGAGACCACCCCCGGAGAGAUCGCGCGGGGUAUCUCCAACUCUCUAUACAAGCGCACCGUUGUCGCAAGGCUAGACGGCGAGCAGCUGUGGGAUCUCGAGCGGCCGCUCGAGCAGAGCUGCAAGCUCGAGCUGCUCGACUUCAACCACGAGCAGGGCAAGAUGGUCUACUGGCACUCUUCCGCACACAUCCUCGGCGAGGCCUGCGAGCGUCGCUUUGGCUGCUCCCUCUGCAUUGGCCCUCCUAUCGAGAACGGUUUCUACUACGAGAUGGCCCUCCCCGAGGGCAAGGCUGUUCAGACCCUCGACUGGAAGCCGCUGGAGACCAUUGUCGGAAAGAGUAUCAAGGCCAAGGAGCCGUUCCAGCGGCUCGAGAUGUCCAAGGACGAUCUCCUCGAGAUGUUCAAGUACAACAAGUACAAGCAGCACAUCAUCAAGGACAAGAUUCCCGAUGGCACCUUCACCACCGUCUACCGACAGGGUCCUCUCAUCGAUCUGUGCCGUGGUCCCCACGUUGUCGACACCAGCAGGAUCGAGGCCUUCGCGAUUGAGAAGAACUCGGCCAGCUACUUCCUCGGCAACAAGGACAACGACUCUCUCCAGCGCAUCUACGGCAUCAGUUUCCCCGACAAGAAGCUGAUGGCUGCCCACAAGAAGUUCCUCGAGGAGGCUGCCAAGCGUGAUCACCGCAAGCUUGGCAAGGACCAGGAGCUGUUCUUCUUCCACGAGUGGUCGCCCGGCUCGGCCUUUUGGCUCCCGCACGGUACCCGUAUCUACAACACUCUUCUCGACUAUCUGAGGGAUCAGUACUGGAAGCGCGGCUAUCAGGAGGUCUUGACCCCCAACAUGUUCAACGCGUCCCUUUGGAAACAGAGUGGUCACUGGCAGCAUUACAAGGAUGACAUGUUCAUCAUUGAUGUUGACAAGGAGAACUUUGCCCUCAAGCCCAUGAACUGCCCCAGCCACGCUCUCAUGUUUGCCCACCGCGAGCGUAGCCAUCGCGAGCUGCCAUGGCGGGUUGCUGACUUCGGUGUCCUUCAUCGUAACGAGGCUUCCGGCGCCCUGUCAGGUCUCACCCGUGUGCGCCGCUUCCAGCAGGAUGAUGCCCAUAUCUUCUGCCGCGAGGACCAGAUCAAGGAGGAGAUGGACGACCUCUUUGACUUUAUGCGCGAGGUCUACGGUCUCCUCGGCCUCACCUUCAAGCUUCGCUUGUCGACCCGGCCCGAGAAGUUCAUGGGUGAGAUCUCGACUUGGGACAGGGCGGAGGACCUCCUCCGACAGUCCCUGGAUGAGUUCUCAAAGACUGAGGGUGGUGUUCCGUGGGAGCUGAACGAGGGCGACGGUGCCUUCUACGGCCCCAAGAUCGAUAUUGCCAUCAUGGAUUGCCUGAACCGGGAGUGGCAGUGCGCCACCAUCCAGCUGGACUUCAUGCAGCCCCAGAACUUCGGCCUCGAGUACAUGACCGCCGAGGGUGCCGAGAAGAUCCAGGAGCAGAAGGAGGAGACCGCCACCGCUCCCGAGGCCCAGCCGACCCCCGUCGCCAGCGAGGAGGCUGCCAACGCCGAGGGCAAGGACAAGAAGGAGCCCCAGCGCGUGGUUAAGAAGGUGUCGCCCGGCUGCGCCCGUCCCGUCAUGAUCCACCGCGCCAUGGCCGGCUCCAUUGAGCGCUUCACCGCCAUCCUGAUCGAGCACUUUGCCGGCAAGUGGCCGCUGUGGCUGUCGCCCCGCCAGAUCCUCGUCGUGCCCGUCGGCAGGGGCUACUUCGACUACGCCGAGCAGGUCGCCGCGCGCUUCAAGGCGGCGCGCAUGUUCUGCGACAUCGACCUGAGCGGCAACACGCUGCAGAAGAAGAUCCGCACUGGCCAGCUGGCGCAGUACAACUUUAUCAUGGUCGUCGGAAACGAGGAGAUGGAGAACAAGCAGGUCAACGUGCGCAACCGCGACGACCAGGAGACCCAGGACCGCGGCCAGCCCAUCGCCCUCGACGAGGCGGUCGAGAAGCUGUGCAAGCUGCGCGACGACAAGGGCAACUACAACCCCUUCCCGGCCAAGAAGAAGGCCGCGGCCGCGGCCCCUGCUUCGUCAUAG